CAAACAAAAGUCCUUAUUGAUCCCCACCUCCUUCGCCUGCCUCUCAUGGCCCACCAUCACCAAAAGGACUUCUCCUCCUCCUCCUCCACCACCACCACCACCACCUUCUUCUUCUCCUCCUCCUCCUCAAUCAACGCUCAGGAGGCAUGGCGUCUGCUUGGAGAGGUGGUGCCGGGGCCGGGGCACUCAUUAGAAGAAUGGGUAGCGUUUGUCCGUAAGCGCAGCGGUAGGCUUCCGGCCUCCGGCUCUCCUCAUCGCCCUCGCAAUCACCCUGACACCAUGGCCACUUCCCCCUGCUCCCCAGGUCCUGAAUUACUGGAAUCUAGUGGGGAACUGGUAAAGCCUGUGCCUUGUGAUCAGGCUCCGGAGAUUAGCUUGCGGGAAAGGCUGGGCAAUGCUUCCAUGCUUGAUAUUGAAUCAGAAUCAUUCUCAUGGGAUGCUCUCUCAUCCUUGCAUCAUACCAAGUAUACUACCAAUGCUGAUCAUUCUGAGGAUGAAUUCAAUAAAGCUCUGGAGGUGACUGUGAAUUCUGGUGGUGUUGUUUUCUAUGCUCUGUUUAAUACUAUGAGCACUGAUGAUCUCUCGCCGAAUGAAGCUGCGGCAGUGAUCAAAUUUUCAACUUCUCGAAUGGCCACACAAUCGGAACGUCUCGGUUAUGAAUUCGCAAAAUGGCUUGGAGUGCGCACACCUCAAGCCAGAGUAGUUCAUUAUUCUAGCACUGAAUGGCAAUGUAUCAAGGAUGCAACUGAGAAAGCGAGGGGCAUUGCGAUCACUGUUGGUGAUGAAGUAGGUGAAUUAACAUGUUCAGAGUUGUUGGAAGCUCUUGAAUUGAGCCGAUGUCUUUUUCUAAUGAAUUAUAUUCAUGGCUCGCAUUUGCUGGAAAAUUCAGAUGCAUUUAGCUCGCAAGAAGCUGCUGAAAACACUGCUGCAGCUCUUGGCAGGGUCUUUGUAUUGGACCUCAUACUGAGAAAUGAAGAUAGACUUCCAUGUCGUCAGCUUGGUUGGCGGGGCAACUCUGAAAAUCUCUUAUUUGCUAGCAAUGUCAUCUCUGCAGACAUGGAUAUAUUCGAUAAUGCCUAUGAUUCUGCAACAAAGAUAUAUAAACCAAGGUUGAUACAAUAUAUCCAGAAAGAGAGAAGAUCAAAUUCAAUAAGUGGCAGACUAAGCCACCAUAAACCGGACCAUAUGUCCCUCAGUUUUGAUGCAGUUGCUGAGAUUGGCCAUCACAGAUCCACACCAAGUGAAGUAUCAUCAAAUGCAAGUGUAACUGUAAUAGGGGAUUCUCAUAUUGUUGCUAUUGACUCUGUAGUACCUCGCCGACCUCCGGCAGGAAAAAGGGUUAAAGACCAAGAAUAUUAUCCAAAGGUGGUCGAACUCAUGCUUAACAAUACCGAGUUUUCUUCCAAUCUACUAUAUGAAGUAUCUGGUGGGAAACUGGGAUUUCCUUCUACUGAUGAUUUAGUGAUUACAGAUUCAUGUUCCUCUCUAUCGGAUAUUGACAUGGCAGCUGUUGUUCGAGAGUAUCGUGUAGGAUUUCGUGCAGCUUUGAGAGACCUGCAAGGCUUUCAUAUAUUUCUUCUUACUGUUUACCAGAAACUGGAUGGCUUAUUUAGAGUUCUAUUGCCAAUAAUUAGUAAAAGUUCUGGUGAGUCUGAGAAGGAUGAACCUGGGGCUUGCGACUCUCCAUCACAUUCUGCUGGUUGUGGUUUCAAUUAUUUCUCGCCCGCAUUCAAGGAAAGGGCAACACAGGAAAUAAAUGCAGAGUUCAGUGACUUCGAGGCUCAAAAAUCUGCUUAUAGGUCUCCGCCUCCAGGACGCCGUGAUAGCCUUGAUAUGAAUUCUCCUCUCUCUCGUGAGAAUUGGAAUGGUAGAUAUUCCAAAGGAAAUGGAGAUACCCAACGGAGCCUGAGAUUAACCAUGAGGCUUCGUGAUUUCAACAAGUUCUCCAAGGUAGAUGUUGAACUGAAUAAAGAGCUGGAACAAUGGAGUGAACUGCUUAGGACUGAUGUGAUCAAACUCUGUCAGGAAAACAAUUUUAACACCGGUUUCUUUGAAGGCAAUGACAAUAACAUCAUCAUCGAUGCUUAUGAGUUGAAGGUUAGACUUGAACAUAUACUUGAGAGAAUAGGCUUGAUAUCUGAUGCUGCUAAUACUGAAAAACCAUCUCUUAUUACCAGUAAUCUUUUCAUCGGCGGAGCUUUGGCUGCAAGGUCUAUGUACACUCUUCAGCACUUGGGGAUCACCCACAUACUGUGUUUGUGCUCAAAUGAAAUUGGACAAUCAGAUUCUCAGUAUCCUGACAUGUUCAACUACCGGAACUUCUCAAUUAUCGAUAAUGAAGAUGAAGACAUUGCUGAUCUCUUUGAAGAGGCUUCUGAUUUCAUUGACUGUGUUGAGUACAUGGGAGGGAAAGUCUUGGUGCAUUGUUUUGAAGGGAGAAGCAGGAGUGCCACAGUUGUUCUCGCUUACUUGAUGUUGAGAAAGGGGCUCACAUUGUUGCAAGCAUGGAACAAGUUAAAGAAGGUGCAUAGACGAGCACAACCAAAUGACGGUUUCGCGAAGACUCUGCUUGAUUUGGAUAAAAGACUACACGGGAAAGCUUCGAUGGAGUGGCAGCAGAGGAGGCCGACGAUGAAGGUAUGCCCCAUAUGUGGGAAAAAUGCAGGGCUAAGCAGUAGCUCACUUAAGCUUCAUUUGCAGAAGUCUCACAGAAAGAUAUCUUCAGGGAGUGUGGACAGUGCCAUGACUUUGGAGAUUCAAAAGACUUUGGAGGCUCUCAAGAUCAGCAGGGGUGGUAGUAUUAGUCCCACUCAGAAGCAGCCCCAGUCCUUCAUUGAAGCAUUCGCACCACACUGGUGAUUUUCUCGUGAUUAACUUUAAUAUUAACACUAAUGAGUUUCCCAAAAUGUUUGCCGAGUGUGUGCUGUUAUUUUUACUUUAUUGGUAUUAAUAUCAUUCUUUUGCUUGUAGUCAUU